AGCGCUACUGAGCAAGCGCACUGCCCAUCUCCAGCUUAGGGACCGUGUGCAAAGCGCUGUGCCCGUAAGAAGGCUGCGCCCAGUGCUUGUCAGAUUGCUCCCUCCCUAUCCGCCCCCGCUAUUGCCAGACGUUCCCUGCGCACAGCCUGCAGUGGGGAAUGCGGAGUCCGGGCUGGAGAGGGGGGAUCGGUGCCAGGCUGAGCUGUGCCCGGGCACCAUGGCACUGAACGCGGCGGAGGAGGAGGAGUACGAGCGGCUGGUGCUCGACUCCGGUCCCGAAUGGCUACGAGCGGAGGUGCGGCGGCUGGUACGGGAGCUGGCGGAGACCUCUCGGGAGAAGAUCCAGGCGGCCGAGUACGGGCUGGCGGUGCUGGAGGAGAAGCAGCAGCUGAAGCAGCAAUACGAGGAGCUGGAGGGGGAGUGUGAGACCGCCCGGCAGGAACUGGAGCAGCUCAAGGAGGCCUUUGGUCAAGCGCAUAGCAACCACAAGAAAGUAGCGGCCGACGGCGAGAGCCGCGAGGAGACCCUGAUCCAGGAAUCGGCCACCAAGGAGGAGUAUUACAUGAAGAAGGUUCUAGAGCUGCAAACAGAGCUCAAACUGUCCAAGAACGUAGUGGCCAACACCCUGUCUGAGAAUGAGCGGCUCAACUCCGUGGCACAGGAACUGAGAGAGCUCAACCAGAACAUUGAAGUCCAACGAGGGCGUCUGCGCGAUGACAUCAAGGAGUGCAAGUUCCGGGAGGCCCGACUGCUGCAGGACUAUACGGAGCUGGAGGAGGAGAACAUCUCCCUGCAGAAACAAGUGUCCGUCCUGAAACAGAACCAGGUGGAGUUCGAGGGUCUGAAGCAUGAGAUCAAGCGGCUGGAGGAGGAGACCGAGUUCCUCAACAGCCAAUUGGAAGAUGCCAUUCGGCUGAAGGAGAUCUCGGAGCGGCAGAUGGAGGAGGCGCUGGAGACCCUGAAGAGCGAACGCGAGCAGAAGAACAACUUGCGCAAGGAGCUCUCCAACUACAUGAACAUCAAUGACUCCAUGUACAGCAACCACCUCAACCUGUCCCUGGACGGCCUGAAAUUCAGCGACGAGACCUCAGAGCCCAACAACGACGACGUCAUGAAUGGCUAUGAGCACAACGGCGUCAUCAGGCUGAACGGUGACAACAAAAUGUCCACCCCCAAGAAGUUGGAAACAGGCAACCCGGCCCCCAGCCUUGUGUCUGAUCUCCUCAGCGAGCUGAACAUCUCUGAGAUACAGAAACUGAAACAGCAGCUGAUGCAGGUGGAAAGAGAGAAAGUCGGCCUAUUGUCCACCCUUCAGGAGUCGCAGAAGCAGUUGGAGAACACUAGAGGGGCGCUCUCGGAACAACACGACAAAGUCUGCCGGCUGACGGAAAACUUAAACGCCAUGAAAAAACUCCAGGCCACCAAGGAACGCCAGUCUGCUCUGGACAACGAGAAAGAGCGCGACAGCAACGAGGACGGAGAUUAUUACGAAGUCGACAUCAACGGGCCCGAGAUCCUCGAGUGCAAGUACAAAGUCGCCGUGUCGGAAAUCCGAGACCUGAAGGAGGAACUGAAGAGCGUGAAGGCCAAGUAUGAAGAGUGCGAAAGCAAGUACAGCGAGGACAAGAACAGGUAUGAGAGCGACACCCAGGCCAUGACGGAAAAGAUCUCCAUCAUGGAGAAGACCACACGGCUAGACCGAGACCAGGUAAUGAGACUGGAGAAGGAGCUGAAGAAAGUGAGUGAUGUUGCCGGCGAGACCCAGGGCAGUCUAACGGUAGCCCAGGAUGAGCUGGUCACGUUCAGUGAAGAACUGGCCAACUUGUACCAUCAUGUCUGUAUGUGCAACAACGAGACGCCCAACCGGGUCAUGCUCGACUACUACAAAGAGGGCAAAGGUGGGCGCAGCAGCCCCGAAGGCAGAGGCCGUCGAUCGCCCAUACUGCUCUCCAAAGGGCUUUUAAAUUCCGAGAACGGCCACAACGAUCCCGGCUCCCCUGCCUCGCCCCUUCCUUCUCCCGUGUCCGACCUGAGGAGAGAACCCAUGAACAUCUACAAUCUCGUCGCUAUCAUUCGCGAUCAGAUCAAGCACCUCCAGGCCGCCGUGGACAGGACGACGGAACUGUCUCGGCAACAGGUGGCAAGCCAGGAACUCGGGCCGGCGGUCGACAGGGACAGGGAGGCGCUCAUGGAAGACAUCUUGAAGCUGAAAUCUCUCCUGAGCACCAAGAGGGAACAGAUCGCCACCCUACGGACUGUGCUUAAAGCCAACAAACAGACGGCAGAGGUGGCCUUGGCCAAUCUGAAGAGCAAGUACGAGAACGAGAAAGCGAUGGUCACGGAGACGAUGAUGAAGCUGCGCAAUGAGCUGAAGGCACUAAAGGAAGACGCUGCCACCUUCUCCUCCCUGAGGGCCAUGUUUGCCACCAGGUGCGACGAGUACGUCACUCAGCUGGACGAGAUGCAGCGGCAGCUGGCGGCGGCGGAAGACGAGAAGAAGACGCUGAACUCCCUGCUCCGUAUGGCCAUUCAGCAGAAGCUGGCCCUCACCCAGCGCCUGGAGCACUUGGAACUUGAUCACGAGCAGACGAGGCGCACCCGCACCAAGUCAGCGCCCAAACCCAAAAGCAGUAACCCCAGCGUUGCCAACCCCUUGCCAUCGUCACGUCCCUCUGCCUUUAAAUAGUCACGGGAAAUUUGCCCGCCCCGUGCUAACGGAAGCUGUAGAAGACGUAUCCGUCCAGUGCGUUUGGGUCACUCUUAGCGGUGACCCAAAACGGAAAAACCACUACACGUCCCGUUAAUCUGUUUCUGGGGCUUUUAUCCUUUGUAGGCUCUAAAUUAAAGCUUUAACCAUAAAGUGCUGCUGAUUUUGGAAGAUCCCUUACAAGUGCUGAACAAAUAAUAAACUCUCGACGUCCGAGCUCCGGGUGUACUCAGCGCCGGCAAACCGGGGGAGUCCAUACACUUUACAUCCUAUAUUAAACUUGUUUCUGGUUUGUUUUCUGUUAUUAUUUUUUUAUUUGUUUUUAAAAAACCUGUGCACUUUUUAAUAUUUUUUUUAAUAUUCUACUUUAUAUUUUAUGUAGAAUGGUGUUAGGUAAUCCAAAUUACCCACGGCCGUUCCAAACACGGGGGUGUUCUACAUUGACGGCUGAUCUCCGUGUUAGUAUUAUGCUUUGUACUUGUUGAUUUUGGCAUCAGCAUGUUGCAGGGAUUUGUUUUGUUUUUUUUAUUAAUGAUUUAACACAUGCUUUGGCGUUCAGUAAAAAAUAUAUAUUAUAUAUAAUUAUAUAUGUUCUGUGCAGCUUUUGUUUGUCAGUAUAAUACGUUUAGGUUUGUGGUUUUUUUUAACUGCCAUAUUCAUGAAAAAAACAAAAAUCCAGGGUCUCCAAAUUCUGGGGGUUUCAUUAUGCUGUUAUUAUUCUUAGGAAUAGUUUAACGUAACAAGAAGAAAACUUGACUUUGCUUCGGUUAAAAACAGUAAUAGGCACUUGAAACGAUAUAUAUGUAAUAAGUAGUAUUACCUAAAAGUCAAGGAUUGCUGACGAACAGAAUUUUCUACAACUGUAGCAGUGAAAUUCCAAAUUGGAAUUGUUUUAUUUCAUUUUUUACUUUGUACGGUGCCAAAUUCCGGCACAUCUAGCGAGAGAGACAAAUUCUUUCUACACUUUUGUUACAAACAAAAAAACCGACGGUGCCUUUUUUUUUUUUUUUUUAAUUUCUUUUUAAUCACGGAGGGAAUUGUAGUUAAGGUGAAAACUAGAAAACACUUUGAGAAUUUUGAAAAGGUUCAAAGCAAAUUGCCGAGCAAUAAAUGCAAACAGGGAACUCACCGUAGAUAUUUUUAACCUUCGUCUAUAUUUGCAAAAAAGAAAGAAAAUUGUAAAAAAUUCAGUUGGUCAGUGAUUCUUGGAAACGCCGAUCUUCAGGGAUCGAAAAAACGGUUUGUCAACCAAAGCCAAUAGCUUUUGAACUUUCGCAGAUACAUUUGUAGAAGCGGAAACCGCAGAUAUAUGCGGGGAAAAUCCGGUGGUAUAAUAGCUUCUUUCUAAAGGUGGUGGACUGUGUCUAACCAUAAUAAUGUUGGCAAAUGUGGAAAAAAUGUUAAAAAAUGCAAAAAAAAAAAAAAAAAAAACAAGUAUUAAUAUUCAAUCUUGCAUGUUGUAUUCAAUCACUGUUGUUUUCAGGAAACAGAAAGUGAGAGGCAUCAACAAGCGCAGCCAUGUUUGUUGAGGCCGAGGCGAAUGUUUUAAUUGGUACUCAGUCGCCGUCAUUUCUGUCUAAGGGACGGGGAAAAAAAAAAGCUUUGAAAAUUUAAGUAUUGUCAACCGUCAAAUUUUGAAAAAAAAAAACGAAGAUUUCUGUUUGCUGGAAAAACUGAAGACUUUUUUUUUAAUGUUAUCGCCUUUUUACAGUAUUGAUUCUUAAACUGUUGUUACUGCAGAUUUGUUUCCUUUAUGUGGGUAUUUAUUUGAAAUGAUUUCAUAAAGUACUGUAUUAUGUUAAUGUGCAUUACCUUGGGUGGCAAAGUCGUUGCUAUGUCGUAUGCACGGAGAUUUGGCCACGUGAGCUGACACAAAGCUGCUCGUGUAACGGUUUGUUUAGCGAGCGAGGCGCGUUAAUGAGCUAUUAAUACAAGGCUGUGCGUAGAGGCUGUGUAAGGUAGUCACAUGUAUCAAUAAAGGUGAUAAAAGGC